UCUAAAAAAACAUUAUCUAGUUUUAUCAUUUCCGUUAAAACACAGUUAACUUCCUCUGUAAAUGUUUGCUGAAAGAUAUAAGUAUACCACUGGAAAACAGUUGAAGCCUUCAUUCGAAGCCAGUCAGAGUAAAAACCUCAAUUAGAAUGAAAUCGCUCAUUGCCUUAAUUAGUCUGGUCGGAAUUGGAACCGUUUCAGCCCAGAACUGUUCCGGGCGCCCGGAUGGCAGUUUCGAACCCAAUUCCAAACGCUGUGACUACUAUUACUCUUGUACAGGAGGAUUAGCCAUUCCGUUGACCUGCCCUAGUGGGUAUCACUACAACCCAGUUCGCAAGCAGUGUGAUUACCCCAGCAAAGCUGGAUGCAUAAAGUGUCCCUCUACCGGCUUCCGUAAUCUAGCCGUGGAUGGUUCCUGCAACAAGUUCAUUCAAUGCUACCACGGUACAGCAACGGAUCGCGAAUGUCCAAAUGGACUAAAUUUCGAUAUCGCUCUGGGCCAAUGCAAUCUUGAGGAUUCAGUCAAGUGUUGAUCUAGGAUUUGUAACUUGUGUCUGGAAUGAGAGUUUUGUUAUAUUGGUGGAUAUUUGUGGUAUUUAAAUAAAUCCAGUUGAUUAUACAUUUA